AUGCGUUCCUUCAUUCUUUCCCUAUCGGCUUUGGUUGCAAUCCUGUCACUUGUGUCCGCCACUGAAGACCCAUGUGCUCAGAUGUGUUCCUAUGUAGAAGGCUGUGCUAAGUCGAAGUUCAAUUCCUACUGCAAGACCUGGCAGUCUCCCCCUGUCUGCUUCGGUCUGAUCAAGAAAUCCGAUGGUUCGAUCUGCUUCGAGCCCACUGAUGCUGAUUGUGUUGGAGAGCCUAUCGCCUGUGACGAGCAGCAACCCACUGGCGUCCCUGGCACAUCAACGAUGGAGAGUUCCACAGAAGUACCUGUGACUACCACUGCUGGCGUCGAGUCUUCUGUUGUCUUAACUUCACCAGCUGAUGAGACUUCCCCUAUUGCCGAGACCACUCUCUCUGAGUAA